UUUCCUUACAUUUUUGCUCUUGCUAAAAUUUUGCUCUGAACAAACUAUAUAUCCAUUGUUAUAAGAUAGUGACUUUUGAGAAUCAUCAUCAUCUUCAUACUUCACAAAACAAUUCUUUAAUUUCUUCUUCUUUCUAUUUUUAUUUUUUAAUCUCUAUUUUUUUUAUUUUUUUAAUUAUUAUUAUUGGCUUUAUUUUUACUCUAAGAAAUUAUAAUUACAACUAGCUUAAUGUAAAUUGUGAGUGCCACUUGUUUUACUUCAAAACAAAAUUAAUGCUUAGUUGUUUUGUUAAUUUUAUCCAGAAUUUGGAUUAUAUGUAUCUGAAUUAAUUUUGUUUGGUUCAAUAAAAACCAAAGGUUGUUACAAGCUAAAGUAGGUGUUAGAUUUGUAUUUAUUAAAAAAUUGUUAGUAUAUAAGUAUGUAUAAUGAAGAAGAAAUAAGGAACAAACAAAUAUAUCAUCAGAACACCGGUUGCUUUAUUUUCUCUGAAGAAUCAACUAGUGUUUUUUCUUCUAUGGCUCAAAACAUGGUUUUGAAUCACAAUCAUCACGAACAACCACCGAAGAUCAAGAAGAAGAGAAAUCUCCCUGGAAAUCCUGAUCCAGAUGCUGAAGUGGUAGCUUUGUCACCAAAGACUCUUUUGGCUACAAAUAGGUUUGUUUGUGAGAUUUGUAACAAAGGGUUUCAAAGGGAUCAAAAUCUUCAACUUCAUAGGAGGGGUCACAAUCUUCCAUGGAAAUUGAAGCAAAGGACUAACAAAGAAAACAAGAAAAAAGCUUAUGUUUGCCCUGAGCCAACAUGUGUUCAUCAUCAUCCUUCUAGGGCACUUGGUGAUCUCACUGGAAUUAAGAAGCAUUUUUGUAGAAAACAUGGUGAGAAAAAAUGGAAAUGUGACAAAUGUUCCAAGAUUUAUGCUGUUCAAUCUGACUGGAAAGCUCACUCUAAAACUUGUGGAACAAAGGAGUAUAGAUGUGACUGUGGUACCCUCUUUGCCAGGAAGGACAGUUUUGUGACUCACAGGGCAUUUUGCGAUGCUUUGGCUGAAGAAAGUGCCAGGCUCUCAGGUAACUCAGGUCUCAUGAAUAGAGCCGCCGCUGCUUCCACCAUUGCUAACUCAGCUGCCAUCGCCGAUGAACCCAAUUUCCAUCUCGAUCAAUCAUCGGUCUUCCCUUUCCCGGCCAACCAGCGCCAUUUCGCCAACCCUCCUCCUCCACAGCUGCCAAUCUCCGCCGCUGCUACGGGUGUGACAACCCAUAUCUCCCUCAACCCAUGGGACCCCCAAAUCCCUUUGAACCCAAACCCUACCCAUGAAGAAAACCACCACCAAAUCACCCACCCUGUUCCGAUCAAGACUGAAUCCAUUCACUUCCCAAUUUCAUCAUCCCUUCCAUUUUACCAUGACCAGCAUUACCCAGUUUUCCAUGGGGGUUCUUUCGCCAUCCCAUCCCCUCAGCUCGCCGCUACCGCAUUGCUCCAGAGAGCAACUACUAUGGGAACAAACUCCACUGUGAAUCACGUGAACUCAACCAUGGCUCAUCUAAACAGAGGCACUCUCACUCACGUGACACCCAAUGGUUUUCUCAGUUUCGGAUCUGAAAACAUACCAGGCAAUUGGCAGAAACGGGACAACCUGACCAGGGAUUUUCUGGGUUUGACUGGAGAUCAUCAUCAUCACCAUGAUCAUGAUGAUUCUUCUUCCUCAGCUGGUGGUGUUGGUGUUGGCGGUGGUGGAGGGCAAGUUCUGCCGCCGAAUGGUAAUGUGGGUAAUGGGCUGCUGCUAUCAUAUGGUGGAAAUAGAAUGCAGGACUUUCAACAAACACUUUAUGAGCGUGACAAUUCGGUGUUGAAGCAUCAUCAAUUGGGCUUUGGUUUUGCUGGUGCUGGAGCUGGAGCUGGAGAUGGUGAAAGUACAACAGGAACAUGGGGAGAUUGCUGAUGAAAGAAGGUGCUAUGAAUGGGUGAAUUUGCAGAGAUUCACUGUUGGGAACAUAGAGAGAUAUCUCUAUCAGGAACAGAGGAAGAAAGGGACUAGCAACAAGCUGCAACCAAAAAAAAACAAAAAAAGUAGAAAAACAAAAAAAAAACAAUGAAAAUAGGAUCUUUUAGUUUUUUUUUUAGUUUGCAAGAACCAUUUUGAAUCUUUUUUUCUGUUUUAGUUUUUUCACCUUUACUAUGGAUAUGGUACUUUUAAAAAAUUAUCUAAGUUUUUUUUUUUUU